GGUUCUGAUUUUGUUGUUUUGUUUUUGAAAGUUUAUUUUGUUUCUUCAAAUUCUUCAUCACUGAAACAGUUUCAUCGUUUUUAUAUUAUAUUGAAUAAUUUAGGCUAUUACCCUAAAACAAUGGAAAAUAAGUCGGAGUUACAACAGAAUGAUGAUGUGAAAAAUAGAAGCAAGGAGCUCAGCGCGUACCAAAGAGCCCAGGACCUGCAAUGGAUCAACAACCGCAUGGAACGAAGCGGCAUGAGCAGAUGUCUCGCCCUCAUUCACAAAGAAGCAGCCAUGGAAAAAGCUUUUCAGGAGCAAACAGAUCACGCUGCCCUUGUAAAUGAAAAAGCUAAAAAGGAAAUAGCAUUAGGCAUAGAAGUGGAUAAAGUCCACCGGCAGGAGGUCAGUGAGUUACUCCGAAGACACUAUUUGCGUGAAAAAGACCCGGAGCUCCGAGAGCUCAUCGGACAGCUCCAGCGAGGGUACCUCUGCCGAGAUCAGAAACAGCAGAUUCUACACAAUCAGUACAGAAAACUGCAGGAUAAGGCUGAAGAAAUGCGCGCAAACCAACUACUUACAAAUGCUCUAUUUGACAAUGACAAGGAGGCUCAUCAACAGGAGAAAGACCUGAUGGCCAGCAAAGCGGCAUAUUGCAAGGAGUUGCAACAACAACUCGUUAACAGACAAAAACAGAAGCAAUGUCAAUAUGAAGAGACAUUGAUUGAGAAAAAGAUGCUUGAUGAUGUCAUACAGACCAUUCAUGAUGAGGAUGCGAGAGAGCUGCAAAAGAAGCGGGAAUCCACUGAGAAGCUGAAACGCGAGAUGGAGACAUUCAAGCUGGCGCAGGCGGCGUGGCGGGAGCGGCAACGGGCGGCGGUCGCGGCCGAGGAGCGCAGGAUAGAAGAGCAGGCGAAGCAACUCGGGGACAGGAAGACUACUGACUUAGCGGACAAAGAACGCAGAUUCAAAGUAAAAGAAGAUAAUAAUUAUAGAAUGGCUGCCAAAACACAAGCUGAAGAGGAUGAGCGCAAGAAACGUGAAGACAUAAUAAAACAACUUCAAGAGCAAGAGUACCUCGAGAAGACAAUAAACGAUCAGAAAGCUGAGAGAGAGAAAGAAGAACGAACUAAAAGAGAGAUGAAGACGGCUCUCUCUCUGCAGAUGGAGAACAGGAGGAUAGAGGAAACGGAACAGAGGAUCAGAGAUGAGAAUUACAGGAAGGCUAUCGAGGCCCGUCAGAAUUCAGACAACGAAAAGGAGCGCCAGAGAGAACUCGAGAGAAAGGAGAAAAUGCGACUGUACGCCAUUGAUUUAAAGGAACAAAUCGAACAACGCGAGAUGGAGAAGAAGAAGAAUAAGCAAGAUGAUAAUGCGAGGUCUAAAUACGUGGCGGAGUUUAAUAAUUCUUGGGACAAUGAAGUAAGAAAAGAACGAGAGAAGUUGGUCUCUGAACAUGUGCCGCAUCUCCUGGGGUAUUUACAAGCAGGAGUGAUAAAGAAGGAAGAUAUACCGGCAGUCAAGGAGGGAGCGAGCAAACACGAACACCUCGCUAAAUUGGACCUUGGCUCCCUAGAUACAAGGUCCAAAGAUAAGCGCUUUCCCAAAUGCAACGUCCAGUGUAGAAGAAUUAGAGACUAUUGAGAUUUUUUCGUUUUAAAUGUUUAUUGACAAAAUUAAGACUGAUGUUAAAUUGUGAUAGAAAAACUUUACUGACUGAUUUUACAUUAAUUAAAUACUUACAUUGAUUAUUA